CACGUGACGACCACACCAAAAAUCCUCAAGCUUGAUUGAUCCUAAGCAUGGCGCAGUGGGACUUAACAAGGAAGAUAAUACCGUAUUUGGACAGGCAUCUCGUCUUCCCUGUUCUCCUCAAUCCUUCUUUGUCGGAAAUUUAUAAGCCGGAGGAUGUCCAGCUUGCUUUGUAUGACCUCGCAAAGAGCACAGACUUGGUGGAUUACACGCUUGACUUGUAUGGAAAAGUAUUCCCUGGACAGCCCGUUCCUAAAGAAUUCACCGCCAAACGAGCCGCAACUCUAUCAAGCAUCGAGCGGUUACAACAAGAGGCUCAAGCCGUCCUGCACGUAAUUGAGAAUCCGGAAGUGGCCCAGUCGCUACGCCAAGACAAAAUUCGGAAUUUAGAAUACCUGAAGGAUACGUACGGUCUGACCCUGGAGCAAAUCUCGGCCCUCUACAGUUUUGGCCAGCUCCAAUACUCAAUAGGAAAUUACAGCCUUGCUGGAGAUUACUUGUACCACUUCCGCAUUUUAUCAACUUCAGCUCCUCUUGUACUUUCCAGUCAAUGGGGCAAAUUCGCGUCUGAUCUUCUCGUCGGGAAUUGGGACAAUGCCUUGGACGAGCUACAGGGCCUCCGAGAGGCAGUAGAUGCUGGCGGUGUGACUGGGCCGUCCGGCGGUGCCUUAGCGCAGCUACAAAGCCGGACGUGGCUGCUACAUUGGUCUCUUUUCCUCUGCUUCCAGCAUCCCGAAGGCCGCACUUUGCUACUCGACCUAUUCCUUUCUUCUGCUUAUCUCAACACUAUUCAAACUUCAUGCCCAUGGAUUCUUAGAUAUCUCGCUGCCGCCGCCAUCAUAUCGCGAAAGACGGCAGUCACCUCAUCUUCAAGGACAGUUCGUGGUUCACUCCUUCAAAUUGUCAGAAUCGUCCAAGCAGAGGAGUACCAAUACUCGGAUCCUAUUACAAAGUUCUUGCAAGAAUUGUAUUGUGAAUUUGACUUUGAUAGCGCGCAGAAAUAUCUUGGAGAGGCAGAAAUCGUUUUGGGCAAUGAUUUCUUCCUUGCUGAUUUCAAAGACGAGUUCAUGGAGAAUGCAAGAUUCAUCAUCAGUGAAACCUAUAUCCGGAUACACCAAAAAAUAGAUAUAGGUGAUCUCUCCGCUCGACUUGGUCUGUCACAAGCCGAAGGCGAGAAAUGGAUCGUGAAUCUGAUUCGGGAUACCCGUGUGGGGACGGAGGCCAAAAUUGACUUGGAGAAAAAUGUGGUGACAACCAAUCGUAGCCAUCCAUCAGUUUAUCAGGCGGUUAUCGAGAAGACCCGUGGUCUUGCUCGCCGCACGCAGGAUUUGAGCAUUGACAUGAACCGAAGGGCGAAUGCAGAAUUGACAUCCGGAGAAGGGAACAACGAGAAGGAGAACAAGGGGAAAUCUGUGUAGAGUCUACGUGAAGCCCUAGGGCAAUAUGGCAUGGAGUUAGCUCGGUAGCGCAAGCAUAUAUGCUAGAUGCCACACGCACCCAGACAGCGACUGCUGAGCCUGAGCACCGCGUCACUCUGUUAACGGAGCUCAAGAUCCUUCAUCUUCACAUAGAAAAUCUAACUCUCAAAGAUUGCUUUCAAACAGGAAAUACCCAAGGACGGCACCUGACCAAGAUGUGGAUGGAGUGCAGGGCCAAGACG